AUGUUGCGCCAAUCUGCAGGAAAGUAUUUGAAAAGCCCAAUCGUCUGUUUCUUUCUGAUGGCUUUUAUGAUGUUCUUACUCUACAAACCACUUCCCGAAGGGUUCACGAAGACAAAAGUUGAUCGCUUCAUAAUGCACGUUGUUGAGCCAGCACUCCGUGUCGCCUAUUACUACCCGAGCCGGAUGUUUUCGAAGCCAAGCAGCAUGGUAUGGUGGACCAGAAUGGCCUUGGACAAUUUAUCAAAAACGCUAGGGCUCACUGUUAAUGCUGGACACCUCCUCAACAUUGAAUGGAAAACAUGGAACGGGAUCAAAGUCCGCGUUUAUCAACCAAAAUAUAACUACACGUCUUCUGGUGGAGGCGUUUUCUUCAUUCAUGGAGGUGGAUUCGCUCUUGGAAAUGUCGGAAUGUAUGAGACACUGGUUUCCCGUAUGGCUGCUGAAAUGAACACUGUGUUUGUUUCGGUGGAAUACCGACUGUCGCCGGAAACCAUCUUCCCUGGUGGAAUCCUAGACUGCGAGACCGCUCUUGAUUAUUUCUUCGACAAUGCGGCUAUGGAGUAUGGUAUCGAUGCGAGCAAAAUUGUUGUCAUGGGAGACUCUGCUGGGGGAAAUCUUGCCACUGUACUUGCGCAACGUCGUACUGCCCGCCAAGCGACUCCACAACUUGCUGGCCAGGUGCUUAUCUACCCGCUUCUCCAAAUGGCUGACAUGCAAACAAUCUCCUAUCGGUAUUUCUUGAACCGUUUGUCUGGAUAUGCUCUUGUUGAUCCUGAGUCCGUUGCCUACUACUACAUGUUUUAUGCUGGAAUCAACAUGGACGAGAAGGCAUACCUUGUUCCAGACAUUCUCACCAAUGGACAUGUGUCUCCAAAGUUGAAGGAUCAUGUUGACGAGAUUUACUCUUACAAUGUCAUCCUCGAGGAUGAAAUGAACUACCGUAACAGUUCAAUUCCACAAAGAGCGGUUGUUCGACAGAACCGGGAAGCCCAGAAACUGCUUGAGCCCUUUCUGACGAACCCAGAUUUCUCUCCAUUGAUGAGGAAGGACUUGUCAGGAAUGCCACCAACCAUGGUUAUCACUUGCGAGUUCGAUAUUCUCCGCGAUGAGGGCAUCGUUUAUGCCGAGCGUUUGAAGAUAGCUGGAGUUGUCACCCAUGCGAUCAACUAUGAAAACGGAUUCCACGCAAUGCUCAACUUUCACAGCGAACUCUUCGAAGCAUCACAAUCAGUCGCUGAUAUUGAAGAAUGGACGUUAAAAGCAAUUAAAUCUGCGUAA